AUGUGGAAACUCAAAUUCGCUGACAAUGGAGGUCCUUUUUGUGAAUGGCUUUUCAGUACCAACGAUUUUGUGGGAAGACAGACUUGGGAGUUCGAUCCAGAGGCCGGAACUUCAGAAGAACGAGCUGAAGUCGAAAAAGCUCGUCAGGAAUUCUAUCAAAAUCGUUUCAAAGUUCGAGCUUGUGGGGAUGUUUUGUUACGCUUGCAGCAAUUAAGGAAAAUCAAAGAUAAAUUCGAUCUUAGGAUACCACAAGAGCCGAAUAUUGGAGACGAUGAUGAAGUGACCUUUGAAGCAACGACAAAUACGUUAAGGAGAGCCAUUCGAUUCUUUUCUGCCAUGCAAGGCGAUGAUGGCCAUUGGGCUGCUAAUAUUGAUGCACCCUUAUUUCUGAUGCCACCUUUGGUUUUCACGUUACAUAUAACGGGAACGAUUAAUAACAUCUUGUCGCAUGAACAUAAAAAGGAGACACUGCGGUAUAUGUAUUGGCAUCAGAAUGAAGACGGAGGAUUCGGGUUUCAUAUAGAGGGACAUAGUAUUAUGUUCAGUACUGCACUUAACUAUAUUUGUAUGCGCAUUCUCGGAGAAGGACCAGACGGUGGUCACGACAAUGCUUGUGCUAGAGCAAGAAAAUGGAUCCUUGAUCAUGGUGGUGUUACAUCGAUACCUACAUGGGGCAAGGCUUGGCUUUCUGUACUUGGAGUUUAUGACUGGUCAGGUUGCAUUCCCAUGGUCCCAGAGUUUUGGUUUCUGCCUUCGUUUCUCCCUAUCAAUCCUGCUAAAAUGUGGUGUUUCUGUCGGCUGGUGUACAUGCCGAUGUCAUAUCUAUUUGGUAAAAGAUUUGUCGCACCCAUUACGGAUCUCACUAUAACGUUACGAGAGGAACUUCAUGUGCAACUUUACGAUAAUAUCAACUGGAGCCGAAUGCGCCAUCUUUGUUGCAAGGAAGAUCUCUAUUACCCACGUUCUUUUGCCCAGAACCUGCUUUGGGACUCUGUCUACAUGUUUGUGGAGCCCCUUUUAAGAAGAUGGCCAUUUGCAAAGUUGGUCAGAGAGAAGGCUCUGAGUCUAACGAUAAAACACAUUCAUUAUGAAGAUGAAAAUAGUCGCUACAUCACCAUGGCUGCCGUAGAAAAGUCUCUAUGCAUGCUAGCUUGUUGGGUAGAGGAUCCCAAUUCAGAUGCUUUUAAGAAACAUGUUGCCAGAGUACAGGAUUACAUCUGGGUUGCCGAAGAUGGACUUCGCAUGCAGAAUAUCGGAAGUCAGACAUGGGAUGCUAGUUUCGCACUUCAUGCGCUUCUAACAAGUGAUGAUCUUAUUGACGAAAUAGGUCCUACCCUCAAGAAAGGACACCAUUUCUUGAAAGUGUCGCAGGUUAAAGAUAAUCCAUCUGGUGAUUUCCGAAGUAUGUACCGUCACAUAAGUAAAGGAGCGUGGACCUUCUCUGAUCAAGAUCAUGGCUGGCAAGUUUCAGACUGUACGUCUGAAGCGCUAAUGGCGUGUCUCAUAUUUUCCCAAAUGCCAUCAGAAAUUGUUGGAGAUAAAUUGCCAGUGGAACGUUUUUAUGACGCUACCGAGGUCAUUCUUUCCCUUCAAGGUGCAGAUGGUGGAUUCGCUGCGUGGGAGCCUGCAACAUCACAUGCAUGGUUGGAGGUUUUCAAUCCAACGGAAAUCUUUGAGGAUGUCUUAGUGGAGCAUGAAUAUGUGGAGUGUACUUCAUCAGCAAUUGAAGCCCUAGUUAUGUUCAAGAAUUUGUAUCCUCAUCAUCGCACGGAAGAAAUUGAAACCUGCAUUGAAAAAGCAGUAAGCUAUUUAGAGUACAAACAAGAGCCUAACGGCUCAUGGUAUGGAAACUGGGGAAUAUGUUAUAUCUAUGGCACAUGGUUCGCUCUACGAGCCCUUUCAGCUGUAGGGAAGAAAUACUCCAACAGCUUGACUGUUCAUAAAGCUUGCAACUUUCUUCUCUCAACCCAAAAAUCAAUUGGCGGUUGGGGAGAAAGUUAUUUUUCAUGCAUGAAGAAGGAAUUUGUUCCUUUAGAAGAAAACAAUUUAGUACAGACAUCAUGGGCUUUGAUGGGUCUCAUUCACGCUGGCCAGGCGGAGAAGGAUCCAAAGCCUCUGCAUCGUGCAGCUAGGGUACUGAUAAAUAACCAGAUGGAAAAUGGGGACUUUCCCCAACAGGAAAUAACAGGAGCGUCAUUGAAGACAUGUAUGCUGCACUACUCACUUUUUAGAAACACUUUUCCAAUUUGGGCUCUUGGCGAAUAUCGUCGGAAAGUACUCAAAAAUCCUUUGCCCGGCAAAUGA